UCUUCAUUCACAUUUGUCCCAUAAUAAAGAUGUUACCCAAAAUGUUAUUGUUUAUAUCUGUAAUAUUUUUCUUCCUUCGUUUUUCUUUAUUUGUAUCUGGAAACAGUUAUGGCGCAUAUGAUAAAGGUAAAUAUGGGACGGACUACAAAAAACCCAGUUACGACGAUGGAUACAAGCCCAGCUACGACAGCGGUUAUAAGCCAAGUUACGAUAGUGGUUACAAAAAGCCUAGCUACGACAGCGGGUACAAGCCCAGUUACGACAGUGGUUACAAAAAGCCCAACUAUGACAGUUACAAGCCUAGCUACGACAAUGGCUACAAAAAGCCCAACUACGACAAUGGUUACAAGCCCAGCUAUGACAAUUACAAGCCCAGUUACGACAGUGGUUAUAAAAAACCCAGCUACGACAGUUACAAGCCCAGCUACGACAAUGGCUACAAAAAGCCCAACUACGACAGUGGUUACAAGCCCAGUUAUGACAAUGGUUACAAAAAGCCCAGCUACGACAAUUACAAGCCCAGCUACGACAAUGGCUACAAGAAACCCAGCUACGACAGUGGUUACAAGCCCAGCUACGACAAUGGUUACAAAAAGCCCAGCUACGACAGUUACAAGCCCAGUUACGACAGUGGUUACAAAAAACCCAGCUACGAUAGCUACAAGCCCAGCUACGACAGUUACAAGCCCAGCUACGACAGUUACAAGCCCAGCUACGACAGUUACAAGCCCAGCUACGACAGUUACAAGCCCAGCUACGACGAUGGUUACAAAAAGCCUAACUACGACAGUUACAAGCCCAGCUACGACGGGGGGUACGGCGGAAAAUACGGCGGCGGUUACAAAAAAAGCAAAUACAACUCUUAUGGCAGUAGCUCCAGUGAGGAAGAAUAUCCACAUGGACACUACAGAGGAGGCUACCGUCGUGGUCAUCGUUAUGGUCACAAAAAGCAUCAUUAUGGCGGAGGUUAUCCAACGUACAUCUACCCAUCACCCUAUCAACCGAUGAGUCCCAUUCAACCAAUUCCACAAAUACCAAACCCUUGGCAACUAACUCCUUCUCAGCCAAUUCCACCAAUUCCAAAUCCCUUGAUACCAAAUCCACAACAGCCUUGGGCAUCACUUCUUCCAGCAAAUCAAAGCAACGUCGUAAUGCCCCCAGCUAUGCCAAUUCUCCCACCGCCAGCAAUUGUAUGGCCUCCUGGUACCCCCUUUGGUGCUAAAAAAGUGAAACGUUCUGCCCCAUCCCAAAUCAAUGAUGCAGAAUCUGAGCUUGGACUACUCCCACCACAACGUUUUGAACGUGCCAUUAAGGAGAAAACUAAAAUUCCAAAACCAACAACUGAAUUACCAAAAACUACAAAAGAGCCAAAAAUUUCAACAACAACUGAAGAAAUAUAUGAAGGGGAAGAAGAACCAGAAGAAGAGGAAAACGAAGAAAUUGAAGAAGAGAACGGGUAUUUCCGUUCGGAUGACAAUAAUCAACAUGUUGGAUAUAUUCAAGGCGAAAUUAAUAGUAUUUGGGAAGAAAAGAAGAAAAAAUAA